AUGCCGCAAUGUGGGCGAACCACCCAGCCCUCGCAGCCGUCACGAGUGGAACAGGCACCCACAUUACGGCGACAGAUUUUGCGGGUUGCUACAGAAACCUUCGCCGAACUCUCGGAAGAUCCCAUCGAGGAAGAUGAGCCGGAAGUCCCAGCAGACGUGCCGGCACCGAGCACGCUUCCUUUCCCACCUCCGACAGCUACCAACACCGAAAGCACCGCCGACAUCCAUGAUGUGACCGUACUCAUCGAGAAGUUGCGCAAGGUCAUCGGGGACUCACACGGCAAGACUGAAGUGCUCCUCCACCAAACCUCCACGUUGCUUGCUACCCAACAUGAAGCUAUGACGGCAUUAAUUGCUAGUUGCAAGCAGCAACUAGACGUCUUGGAAAGUUUGCUACGUCAGGGCAACCCUGACUGGUCGUAG